GGAGAGGAGGGACGGAGGCCGGCGGGCGAGAAGCGGAAUCCGGAGUCCGAAAACGAACCGCACGGGAAAACGGAAGGCGGGCGCGGGGCCGCGGCUCGGAGGCUCGGCCGCGCCGCUGCGCCCGGCCGCCCGCAGUGCACCGGAGUGGCCGCGCUGACAUGCCCGGGAUGCUUAACACGGGGCAUUAUGCACUGGUUAACAGGCUCCGAGCUGCCGAGCGACUUGUUUUAAGCAUUUUCUCCCUCGCUCUCGCUUUUAAUCUUGUCUCUAGUGGCGUGUGUAGGGGGGAGGACUUUAUUUCCAUUGGCUAAGCUCUCCCUUCCCACCCACAUCUCUUCCACAUCACCUUGGUGUCUCCCUAAAUAAAACCAGCCCUUCUUAUCGCCUGGAAAAAAUCAGGAGCUAGAGUUUGAAUGGGCUUUAUAUAAACACUCACCCCUGUCAGCGUGCAGCUGGGCUCUCGGGAUAAACUCACCGCACCUGGCCUGACGCUGGUCCUGGCUUCUCUGCUUCUCAACGUCCAGGUUUGAGCCGAGCCCGGGGGGACUGGGAACUCUCCCCCCUGAAACCCGAUCAACCUGAAGCCAGCUGUGGAGGUGUCCAGGGUCCCCAUGGACCUCAAGGAGAGCCCCAGCGAGGGCAGCCUGCAGCCCUCCAGUCUGCAGCUCUUUGCCAAUACCUCCACCCUGCAUGGUAUCCGCCACAUCUUCGUGUAUGGGCCGCUGACCGUCCGCCGGGUGCUCUGGGCCGUGGCCUUCGUGGGUUCCCUGGGCCUGCUGCUGGUGGAGAGCUCGGAGAGGGUGUCCUACUACUUCUCCUACCAGCACAUCACCAAGGUGGACGAGGUGGUGGCCCAAAGCCUCGUCUUCCCCGCCGUCACCCUCUGCAACAUCAACGGCUUCCGCUUCUCCAGGCUCACCACCAACGACCUGUAUCACGCGGGUGAGCUGCUGGCCCUGCUCGACGUCAACCUGCAGAUCCCAGACCCGCACCUGGCUGACCCCGCUGUGCUGGAGGCCCUGCGGCAGAAGGCCAACUUCAAGCACUACAAACCCAAGCAGUUCAGCAUGCUGGAGUUUCUGCACCGCGUGGGCCACGACCUGAAGGAUAUGCUGCUCUACUGCAAGUUCAAAGGGCAGGAAUGCGGCCACCAGGACUUCACCACGGUGAGUCCCCAGGUUUUGGUUCUUUCUCCCUGCUUGUGGUGGUGGUAUAAAGGUGAGAAAAGUGAUGAUGGUGAGGGUGAAGAUAGUGUUGGUGAAGAUGAUGGGGAUCCUGAGGAUGAUGGUAAAGGUGAAAGCAAUGAAGAUGAUAGUGGGAAAGAAUGCCCAUAA